UGAUCGCGCCUGGGGAGAAAAACGCCUGACCCGCAACCCCCGGCCUUCACGGUACAGCCAUUUCUUCCUGCGGCUCAGCGGCUACUCGCCCUUCAGCCUCUUGCGCGUCCCUCCGCACAGUACCGGGGUCCCCCCGGAGCCCUGUCCACUAUGCGUCUCCUGCUUAUGGUCCCUGGUGGGCCCCGGCGGCGCGCCCCCCGCCACCUGCCCUCCUGCAGCCCAGCGCUGCUGCUGCUGCUUCUCCUAGGCUGCUGCCUGGGGGUCCUCCCGGUGGCAGCGAGCUCUCAGAGGCCCAAUGUGGUGCUGCUCCUCACCGACGACCAGGACGAAGUGCUCGGCGGCAUGACACCACUAAAGAAAACCAAGGCUCUCAUUGGAGACAUGGGGAUGACUUUCGCCAGUGCUUAUGUGCCAAGCGCUCUUUGCUGCCCAAGCCGAGCCAGUAUCCUGACAGGGAAGUACCCACAUAAUCAUCACGUUGUUAACAACACUUUAGAGGGGAACUGCAGUAGUAAGUCUUGGCAGAAGACCCAAGAACCUUAUACUUUCCCAGCAAUCCUCAGAUCAAUGUGUGGUUAUCAAACCUUUUUUGCAGGGAAAUACUUAAAUGAGUAUGGAGCUCCGGAUGCAGGAGGACUAAAGCACAUUCCUGUGGGAUGGAGUUACUGGUAUGCCUUGGAAAAGAAUUCUAAAUACUAUAAUUAUACCCUGUCUAUCAAUGGGGAGACACGGAAACAUGGUGAAAACUACAGCGUGGACUACCUGACUGAUGUUUUGGCUAAUGUCUCCUUGGAUUUCCUGGAUUACAAGUCCAACUCGCAACCGUUCUUCAUGAUGAUCUCCACUCCAGCGCCUCAUUCACCUUGGACUGCCGCACCUCAGUACCAGAAGACCUUCCAGAACGUCUUUGCACCAAGGAACAAGAACUUCAACAUCCAUGGAACGAACAAGCACUGGUUAAUUAGGCAAGCCAAGACCCCAAUGACUAAUUCUUCAAUACAGUUUUUAGAUAAUGCAUUUAGGAAAAGGUGGCAAACUCUACUCUCAGUUGAUGACCUUGUGGAGAAACUGGUCAAGAGAUUGGAGUUCAAUGGGGAGCUCAACAACACUUACAUCUUUUAUACCUCAGACAAUGGCUAUCACACAGGACAGUUUUCUUUGCCAAUAGACAAAAGGCAGCUGUAUGAGUUUGAUAUCAAAGUUCCACUGUUGGUUCGAGGACCUGGGAUCAAACCAAAUCAGAUAAGCAAGAUGCUCGUUGCCAACAUUGAUUUGGGUCCUACGAUUCUGGACAUCGCUGGCUACAACCUGAAUAAGACGCAGAUGGAUGGGAUGUCUUUACUGCCCAUUUUGAAAGGUGCCAGUAAUGUGACUUGGCGAUCAGAUAUCCUGGUGGAAUAUCAAGGAGAAGGUUGUAACACGCCGGACCCAACAUGUCCUUCCCUGAGUCCUGGAGUAUCUCAAUGUUUCCCAGACUGUGUGUGUGAAGAUGCUUAUAACAACACCUAUGCCUGUGUGAGGACCAUGUCAGCGCUGUGGGAUUUACAGUACUGCGAGUUUGACGACCAGGAGGUGUUUGUCGAAGUCUACAAUCUGACUGCAGACCCAUACCAAAUCACAAACAUUGCUAAAAGUAUAGACCCAGAGCUUUUAGGAAAGAUGAACUAUCGGCUGAUGAUGCUACAGUCCUGUUCGGGACCGACCUGCCGCACUCCAGGAGUUUUUGACCCUGAAUACAGGUUUAACCCUCGUCUCAUGUUCAACAAUCACGGCAGUGUCCGGACUAGAAGGUUUUCAAAACAUCUGUAGCGACCUCUGCCGUUGGACCCCUGCACGCCUCUUUCUGAUGAAGUGAUUAUAUUAAGUGUCUGUAGCUAGUCUUCAAGAUCACACCUGGAAGAGGAGUUUCUGGACUGGCUUUAAGUCCUGAUUUUAAAAACAACCAAUCGGCUGACUUCCUUGUGCAAUGUGUUAAACUGUGAACUCUGCCCAUAUGUCCGGAGUGGCUGUCCCUGGUCCCUUCACUCGUCUGGUAAGGAAUGCCCCUGAGGUCUUUGUUCUCACUGUGCCCUUUGUCAUGGGACCACAGUUCCUGAGUAUUCCCCAUGUGGUCAAAUCAAAAUCUGUAAAUCUAUUCAGAUAAAUAGCAAUACUCUAGGGGGGGAAAGGUUUUUGGUAUACAGCUUUGGUAUAAAAAUCAAAGGAUCUGCAUAGCAUUUCAGAUUGAGCACUUCACCAUCAAAACAUACUAACAUCACCUGGCUUGAAGAAUAACCAUUAGAGCUGUAUCAUCUGAUUAAGAACAAGUACCAUGGUUUUUAAGAUUAGUAGAAAUGCAUUGUUUAUAACAUCCAUCACAAUGUGAUAAGCUCGCAAAUUCAAAACGAGGAAAUGUCUCUGCUCUGUACUUUUCCCUCUGAGCUCUGAAAAAUAAAGUGGCCUAGCAUAGGUAUCUCAGCAGAGAAAAAGAAGGGCCAAAGGUUGGUGAAGGCUGUGUUUUCUGAGGGCCUUCUGAGCUAGGGCUCUCGGCUUGGCAGGUUGAAGGCUGUAAUGGGAUGGUAAGUGCCUGUCCGGCAGGGAGUCUAGGUUUCAGUCCCCCGGGUGAAGUGGUUUUGACUCUGCAUUUUGCUGACAUUCUGUUCACUUGUUAAGAUAGAGUUGAUGCAGUGUACCGUACCUCCUUGCCUUUCAGAUAAGUUCUUCCUGAGUUUUUGGAGUCUCGUGUAAUUUGGGCCCCAUUCACUGUUCCCCUGUCAAAACCAGAUCUUGUUGAGGUUUCCUCACAGUUUGAAACACCUACAUUUUUAUGUUUCUUGGCUCAAAGACCAAUCCUGUUUCCACCAUUUUCUUCACAAAAAGGCUCAUCGGAGGUAGAACAGCAGGGGAGGGGGAAGAGCUGUGGUUUGUAACCCGUUCACCUCAGGCACCAGUGACGUUAGCCUUAUUUAAGGUCUUAGGCUGAGCUUUAAGCACCUUGUAUGACAUGGCCAUAAAGAACUUUUCUUUCUGAAUGCCAUGGAGCUGUGGUGGGUUCCUAGCCAUUGGGUUUAUUCCUUUACCUCAUGCAGUCCCAUUAACUGUGGUGGUUAUUUAGAGGUGAAAUAGGCAAAUGAAGUGAACACCUCUGCUGUGAAUGUUUUAGGGACAGAAUUCUUAACAUUUUGUAACUAAAAGCAAAAUGCAAUGUUGAAUAUGGGUAUCAGCUUUAUUCUACACUUUGAUUCUUAACAUUAAUCAGUCAACUUCCACAUUACUAUAAGUUGAUCAUAGUUAUUCCCGAAUAAAAAGAAACCAACUCUUACCAGG